AUGGCUCCGUUGCGCGUCGCCCUCAUCGGCCUCAGCAGUCGCGCAAAGACAGGUUGGGCGUCGAGUGCUCACCUGCCGUAUCUCCUCUCUCCUCAAGGUCGUAAGAGGUACAGCAUCGUCGCCUUGUGCAAUUCUAGCGUCGAGGCCGCCAAACAAGCCAUCCAGGCGUACAACCUCCCGUCCACGACCAGAGCAUAUGGCGAUCCCCAGAGUGUCGCUGACGACCCGGAUGUUGACCUCGUCGUGUGCUGCACCCGCGUCGACGUCCAUCAUCCCACCAUCCUUCCCAGUGUCAAGGCUGGGAAAAGUGUGUAUGUGGAGUGGCCACUUGCACAGGACGUGGUUCACGCAACGGAGCUUGUCGAGGCUGCCGAAAGCAGCGGCAGCAAGACGAUCAUGGGCAUGCAGGGGCGAGUUGCGCCGCCCGUCGUCAAGAUCAAAGAGAUCAUCGAACAGGGGCGUCUUGGAAAGAUAUUGAGUAGCGAGGUCAGAGCGGCCGGUGGCUCCAUGGAUCGCCUUGUUCUGUCCAGCGACCUUCGUUACUUUACAGACCGGUCCAUUGGAGGGAAUGUUUACACCAUUGGGUUCGGUCAUUUAUUCGACCAGGUUCAACACGUCUUGGGAACCAUCGAGAAGCCCCAGACUCGUUUGCAAUUGCAACGACCCGAGGUCAAACUGCGUGAUCCCAAAACGCAGGACAUUGUCGACACUUUAGUCUCCAACGUCCCAGACCUUGUCAUCGUGGCCGCUGCAAUGCCCAAGUCUGAAUUGGUACAGGAAGACGCCACUAUUCUCUUCCGUUUCCGCCGGGGUCAGCCUGUCGCAGGUGAACAUGCUCUCGUCUGGACAAUCAGUGGCACCAAGGGUGACCUGGUACUGGUGGCCCGCGGCGGCACUACUUUGCAUGCAAAUGCGUACUCGGAGCCGGUCACCAUUGAGAUCCAUAACUUCAAGAAAGACAAAGUUGAGCAGGUGGAGUGGACUUGGGAGGAUUGGCAGGCUGAGCUGCCCAUGGUGGCCCGUAGCAUUGGCAAGGUCUAUGACGAUUUCGCGAACGGGACACAGGUUGCCACGUUCAAGAAUGCACUGGAACGUCAUAAGCAGCUGGAAGCAUAUCUUGGGCAUUGGCAUCCUUGA